AUGUCUCUCUCCAACAAGCUCGCUAUCACUGACGUCGACCUCAAGGACAAGCGUGUCUUGAUCCGCGUCGACUUCAACGUCCCUCUUGAUGCCAACAAGAACAUCACCAACAACCAGCGUAUCGUUGGGGCUCUCCCCACCAUCAAGUACGCCGUUGAGAAUGGCGCCAAGGCGGUCAUCCUCAUGUCCCACCUCGGCCGGCCCGACGGCAAGGUCAACCCCAAGUACAGCCUGAAGCCUGUCCAGGCCGAGCUCGAGAAGCUGCUGGGCAAGUCCGUCAUCUUCACCGAGGAUUGCGUCGGCAAGGAGGUUGAGGAGACCGUCAACAAGGCCAGCGGCGGCCAGAUCAUUCUCCUGGAGAACCUGCGUUUCCACGCCGAGGAGGAGGGCAGCUCCAAGGAUGCUGAGGGCAAGAAGGUCAAGGCCGACAAGGAGGCAGUUGCCGAGUUCCGCAAGGGACUGACUGCCCUGGGUGACAUCUACAUCAACGACGCUUUCGGCACUGCUCACCGUGCUCACUCCUCCAUGGUCGGAGUCGACCUCCCCCAGAAGGCCUCCGGCUUCUUGGUCAAGAAGGAGCUGGACUACUUCGCCCAAGCGCUCGAGAGCCCCAAGCGGCCCUUCCUGGCCAUCCUGGGCGGCGCCAAGGUUUCCGACAAGAUCCAGCUGAUCGACAACCUGCUGCCCAAGGUCAACAGCCUGAUCAUCACGGGUGCCAUGGCUUUCACCUUCAAGAAGACCCUGGAGAACGUCAAGAUCGGCAACAGCCUGUUUGACGAGGCCGGCAGCAAGAUCGUCGGCGAGGUCAUGGAGAAGGCCAAGAAGCACAACGUCAAGGUUGUCCUACCCGUCGACUACAUCACGGCCGACAAGUUCGCCGAGGACGCGCAGACCGGCAAGGCCACCGACGCCGAGGGCAUCCCCGAGGGCUUCAUGGGCCUGGACGUCGGCGAGAAGUCCGUGGCCCUGUACAAGGAGGUCAUCGCCGAGGCCAAGACCAUCCUCUGGAACGGCCCCUGCGGUGUCUUCGAGAUGAAGCCCUUCGCCAAGGGCACCGAGGACACCCUCGACGCCGUCGUCCAGGCCGCCCAGUCCGGCUCCAUCGUCAUCAUCGGCGGUGGUGAUACCGCCACCGUCGCCGCCAAGUACGGCGUCGAGGACAAGCUCAGCCACGUCUCCACCGGUGGUGGUGCCUCCCUCGAGCUCCUCGAGGGCAAGGACCUCCCCGGUGUCUCUGCUCUGUCCAGUAAGUAA